UUAUGCUGAUUUGGUCACACAGUAGGGCGUGUUUGGUAAACAGUUGGUGAAGACAGUCAAACUCUAAACGAAAUUUUUAAACUAAAACUUGAACGAAAUGGGGGCGUCCAAUCGCAAUACGCAAGUGGCCCUCGGCUUAUCCGCGUUCUCCUUUUUGCUUUUUCUCAUUGCGUUCUCGACGCCGUAUUGGCUGGUUACCGAUGGCCGCUUGGAAAAUCCACGCUUCACAAACUUGGGCUUGUGGGAAGUUUGCUUUAAUAACUUCCAAGAUAUACACCGAUUCUUCGAUAACCGCUUUAGAGGAUGCAUGUGGGUGUUCGAGGAAGAGUAUUAUAUCAUUCACGACUUCCUGCUUCCCGGCUUCUACAUAGCCGUGCAGUUCUUCGCAACGCUCUGCUUCGUCAUGUGUCUCAUCGCCCUGCCGCUGACCCUGGCUUUGCUGCGAACCUCCCGCGACGAUGACCGCAACGUUGUGCUGCUGCUGACGGUUGGAACAUGCCAAGUGGUUGGCUCAAUAUUCGGCUUUAUUGCCGUGGUCAUCUUUGGUGCCAAGGGAGACUCGCGCGACUGGAUGCCCGGCUGGCAAAACAACGACAUGGGUUGGUCAUUCGCUUUGGGCGUGGUUGGAGCCGUCAUGCUUAUGCCAGCUGGUAUUUUGUACAUGAUUGAGGCGCGCCGCGAGCGCUACAAGCGUCUGAACGAGAUCAGCAACCGCCAAGUCAGUGAAUACGGAGACGAUUACUAUCAGGAUCAGGCACAUGCCGCAGCGGCUGCCAUCCCAUCAGCUCCCGCUCCGUCAUCCUACUUUGCACCGGAGCCAAGUCGGCCGCGUCGUCCCCAGCCAGGACACCGUGCACCGAGCGCCCCCGCACCAGGAGGAAUUCAAACCGAUAUUUAACGAAAACAAAAAAUGAUAACGAAUCUGUUCGUGGAAAUAGUUAUACCCAAAUUCCACGAAUUCACAUCCGUCCAAAAAUCUGAAUCUGAUUGUGAAAAUAAUUUCACCCUGCACUUUAUCGAAUAUAUCAUUCCACUUAAGUAGGAACAAAACUGUAAUCAAUGGUACCCGUCCCUCUCCAGCUAUUGCUGGAAACUAUUUGAUUGUGAACAUAUUUUCACUUAAACAUUAUUUUCUAUUUGCAUGCACAAACGACCAUUCCGUUAUUUUUUAUAAGAAAAACAAUACCCGUCAAUUUAAGCCUAUUUGCUAACGUCCAAAAUGUGUUAUUCCUUUCUCGUUGCAUUUUUUAUGUUUUUGUGUAUAAAAAAAAGAGUCCUUUAACUGUUGCAAGUGUCCUUAAUGUAUACUUUUAAAUUUGAGUAAUUUAGUCAAAGCUAUUUAUAUGGAAGAUGGCUAACGGGAAAAAUAAUACAUUAACGGAAGCAUAAGGUAUGCUUUUAAUCUGAUAACUGCUCUUAUACUAUAUGCUAGUAUUGCUUUUACAUAUCGUGUGCACUAGCACAACAAUAUCCAUUGCAUUUUAAUGGUUAAUAAAAAUAAAACAAAUAUAAUAUACUGUGAUUAUAUAUUU